AUGGCUCAGACGGACGUGCUGCUGACCAAGCAGCCGGCCCCGCAGACGGUGCCGCCGUGCGAGCUGCCCCCCAAGCUGUACGAUGUGGCCCGCAACACAGGCUCCCACACGUCCGCGGGCCUGGCCACCGCCGGCUUCCGCACGGCCAAGUACCUGGUGGACGAGUGGUUCCAGAACUGCUACGCCAGCUACCACCAGGCCUUUGCCGACCGCGACCAGUCGGAGCGGCAGCGCCAUGAGAGCAGGCAGCUGGCCGCGGAGACGGAGGCGCUGGCGCAGCGGACGCAGGAGGACUCCACCCGGAAGGUGGGCGAGCGCCUGCAGGACAUGCACUGCUGGAAGUCGGAGCUGCAGCGGCAGGUGGGCGAGCUGGUCGCCGAGACGGACCUGCUGCUGGCCCAGAAGCUGCGGCUGGAGCGCGCCCUGGACGCCACCGCCAUGCCCUUCACCAUCGCCACCGACAACCUGCAGUGCCGCGAGCGCCGCCAGCACCCCGACCUCGUCCGCGACCACGUGGAGAUGGAGCUGCUGAAGGAGGUGGAGCUCAUCCGGAACAUUCAGGAGCUGCUGAAGAGGACCAUCAUGCAGGCUGUGCACCAGAUCAGGUCGAACCGGGAGCACAAGGAGCUGUGCGAGAUGGACUGGUCUGACAAGGUGGAUGCUUACAACAUCGACGAGACCUGUGCCGGAUACACCAACCAGAGCACGGAGGUGCAGUUCCACCCACAUUCCACCAAGUUUGAGGAGAGCGCCUCCAUGCCGGAGACCUGGGCCAGGUUCACGCAGGAAAACCUGCAGCGCGCCGAGCGAGAGCGCCUGGCCUCCUUCAACCUGAGGGGCCUCAUCGAGUGCAUCCUGCGCGACACGUCCGAGGACCUGCGGCUGCAGUGCGACUCCGUGAACCUGGCCUUCGGGCGCCGCCUGGAGGAGCUGGAGGACGCGCGCCGCAAGCUGCAGCAUCACCUGAACAAGACGCUUCGCGAGAUCUCAGACCAGGAGCAUAACGUGGCCGAGCUGAAGCUGGCCAUCAGGAACAAGGAGCUGCCUCUGAAGGUGGCGCAGACCCGCCUGUACCAGCGCUCACAGAGGCCCAACGUGGAGCUGUGCCGUGACACCGCCCAGUUCAGGCUGGUGAGUGAGGUAGAGGAGCUGAACAGGUCCCUCACUGCACUGAAGGAGAAGCUUCUAGAAGCGGAGCAGUUGCUGCGCAACCUGGAGGACACGCGCAUGAGCCUGGAGAAGGACAUCGCCGUCAAAACCAACAGCAUCUUCAUCGACAGCCAGAAGUGCAUGACCCACCGCGCCCGCUACCCCACCAUCCUCCAGCUGGCCGGCUACCAGUGA